CUACUCACCACUCCCCUCUCCGACACCGUCACCGUGAGUCCUCUUUCUCUUUCUCUUUCUCUCUCACUCUCCUCGUUCUUUCUCUCACCUAACUUGCCUCUGCUUCAUUUCUUCAUCUCUUCAUUAUUUUUAUCGAUUUAUAUCUAUGCAACAAGUUCACUCACUACACCGUACGCUACUCAAAUGCAUUAGAUAUUGUUUUGGGAACUUGCGUUGAAACUUCGAUGUUCAAGACGGUGUUGUCAUCAAUUUGAAUUGGCUGUGUGAUGGAAUGUGAUGUGGGAGGCAUCUUUGACUCUUAUAUUGUGCAUAGUUAUAAGAAAAGAAGGGUUUCUGAUUGCUGCAUUACUCCGUCGAGUGUGAUCAUGACUGAAAUUGAAGCUUCAUUGCCAACCUUGCACUCCCUUGAUUACUACACCGAACCGUCUUUGAAGGAAUUAGCGGCUCUGGAAGUUCUUUACCCUGGUUAUUGCAGUGGUGUUCCUGAUUUCACUGUUGGAAGAUUAGGUUAUGGAUAUGUUAGGUAUCUUAGUAAAACUGAUGUAAGAGGAUUAUGUUUAGAUGACAUUGUGAAGUUCCAUAGGCAUGAGAUUGUAGUUUAUGAGGAUGAAAAUGAUAAGCCUGCGGUUGGUCAGGGCCUUAACAAAUCUGCUGAAGUGGUUUUGGUACUAGAUAGUGGAAAAUUGAAGUCUAAGGAGUGUUGGGACGUCGUUCUAGUGAAAAAAUUAAAACAAUGUGCGGAGAGACAAGGAGCACAGUUUAUUUCGUUUGAUCCGGUAACUUGUGAGUGGAAAUUCAUAGUUGAUCACUUCAGUAGAUUUGGGUUUGGUGACGAUGAUGAAGAGGACGCUGUUAUGGAUGAUGCCGAGGCACAUGAUGUUGAGAAAGAAUCGCCGACAAAUGUUGACGAGAUCGAGCUUUCUCAUUCUCUUCCUGCUCAUCUUAGGCUUGAUCCUGUUAAAAUGAGAGACAUGAGAUUAUUGAUGUUUCCUAAUGAAGAAGAGAUGGAGGACUUGGGUCGCAAAUCAUCUUUUGGUAAGGAGCAUGUGAGGCCAUUAAAAAAUUCUUCUCAGUCAGUGGCCAAUAGAGCUACUCCGCCAGUUGUUCGAAAUACUCCAUUUCCAUUACUUGAGUAUAAGCAUGGGAGUCUUGAUUCAAAUUCUCCUGGAUCCAUUUUGAUGGUUCAGCAACAUAAGGGCAUGCCUCUGAGGACAGUAAAAGCGCAGGGUUUUAAGUUGGACCUCAAGCAUGAAACUCCAGUAUCUGGAAGCUAUGCUCACAAUAUAGUUGAUGCUGGUCUAUUCAUGGGUAAAUCAUUUCGAGUUGGGUGGGGACCCAAUGGCAUUCUUGUACACUCUGGUGCACUUGUAGGAAGUGGCCGCGAUAACAAGCUAUUGUCAUCUGUUGUCAAUUUGGAGAAAGUUGCUUUUGACAAUUUGGUCAGGGAUGAAAAUAAAAAAGUGUGCGAAGAACUUGUUGACCAUGCUUUGGUUUCUCCAUUAAAUUUUCACAAAGGAAUAAACCAUGUGAUGAAAGAGGUUGAAUUUGGUCCCUGCAAGUUAACACUUCAAAAGCUUGAAGCUAAUCGUACAAACCUGUCAGAGAUUUCUCAACAAUACUGUGAUAUUAUUGAGAGACAAUUGAGUGUGCCUAGUCUGUCUCCCUCAAAUCGAUUGGGUUUGACACACCAAGUAAUGACCUGGGAGUUAAUUAGAGUUCUUUUUUCUGAGAGAGAACAGAAGGGUCAAGUAGAAUCUUUAGGUGCUGACAAUGAGGAAGAUAUGAUGCAGGAUAUAAAGGAAGUUGAUCAAGAUGUUGACCAAGAAGCCCUCCCUCUUAUGAGAAGAGCAGAGUUCAGUUAUUGGCUGCGAGAGAGUGUCUCCUAUCAUGUCCAAAACCAAAUAAGCUCUCUAAAUGACUCUCACUAUUUGCAACAUGUUUUUACACUCCUGACUGGUCGGCAAUUGGAUGAAGCAGUGCAGUUGGCUGUAUCCAAAGGAGACGUGAGGCUGGCUUGUUUGUUAAGUCAGGCUGGUGGUUCUACUAUGAAUCGCCGUGAUAUUGCUAAGCAACUUGAUAUUUGGAGGAAUAAAGGGCUUGAUUUUAAUUUCAUUGAAACAGACAGAUUGAGACUCUAUGAACUGCUUGCAGGAAAUAUUCAUGAUGCAUUGCAUGACAUACAAAUUGACUGGAGGAGGUUCUUAGGUUUAUUAAUGUGGUACAAAUUGCCUCCCGACACUUCAUUACCAGCUGCUUUUCAGACUUAUAAACAUUUUCUCGAUGAGGGAACAGCUCCAUAUCCUGUUCCUCUUUUUGUUGAUGAAGGAACAUCAGAGGAGGCUGUCAGUUGGAAAGUAGAUAAACACUUCGACAUUUCAUUUUAUCUCAUGCUUCUUCAUGCUAGUGAAGAGACAGAAUUCAGCUUUCUGAGGGCUAUGUUUAGUGCCUUCUCUUCAACCCCUGAUCCUCUUGACUAUCAUAUGAUCUGGCAUCAACAUGAAAUUUUGGAAGCAGUGGGAGUUAUCAAUUCUAAUGAUCUUCAUAUUUUGGACAUGGGAUUUGUGUCCCAGCUGUUGUGCUUAGGGAAAUGCCACUGGGCGAUAUAUGUGGCGCUUCACCUGCCUCUUCGGGAAGAUUAUCCAUAUCUUCAUGUAAAUCUGAUUCGGGAAAUAUUGUUCCAAUACUGUGAAACUUGGAGUUCAGAUGAAUCCCAGUAUCAUUUCAUUGAGGAUUUAGGCAUUCCCAAAGAAUGGAUGCACGAGGCUUUGGCAAUAUAUUAUAAUUAUAAUGGGGAUCUCGCAAAAGCCCUUGAGCAAUUUCUUCAGUGUGCAAAUUGGCAGAAAGCUCAUACCAUUUUUAUAACUUCAGUUGCUCACAGGUUAUUCUUGCAAGCCAAACAUAAUGAGAUAUGGAGGAUUGCAACUUCCAUGGAGGACCAUAAAUCUGAAAUUGAGAACUGGGAGUUGGGAGCUGGCAUUUAUAUUUCAUUUUAUUUAAUGAGAAACUCACUUCAGGGAGAUACCAAUUCCAUGACUGAAUCGGAUUCUCUUCAAAGUAAAAACACUGCAUGUCAGGAAUUCAUCAGUCAGUUAAAUGAAUCUUUGGCUGUUUGGGGUUCCAGAUUACCUGUUGAUACAAGAGUGGCAUAUUCGAAAAUGGCAAGCGAAAUUUGUGAUUUGCUGCUAUCAGUUGUUGGUGAUGGUGCCACACGAGAUGAUCAGUUUAGUUGCUUUGACACUGCUUUCAGUGCUCCCAUACCAGAAGACCUACGCUCUGGUCAUUUGCAGGAUGCAGUGUAUCUGUUUACCAGCUUCUUGUCAGAGAUUGCAACUUAAUUUUAUAAGCUGCCAUCUACUGUCAGAUUUUAAAGUAAAACCAGAAUAGAACUUCAAUGAAUGUUGGUGAGGCAGAUCUUGAGCUACAUUUGAUCAAUGAAAUUUGUUGGAUUUUUUAUAUUGGUCUUGCAUGUUAAGUAUGAGAUACUGUUAAAUGUAAUUUUAGUAACAUAUUCAUUGAUUUUGCAUGUUACCCAGCUGAAUUUAAAAUAUGUGGAAUAUUAUUUGUCAGUGCUGGUGGCGUGCCAUCACUUAUAUCACAAAUGCCAAAAUUCUUAUUAAGAAAUGAAAUGCAAAACUCUUGCGGGAAAA